AUGUCCAAACCUUCCCGCUUGGCUAGACCUUUCUUUGCUAAUGCAGCUUCCAAGCUGCCAUCGUCUAGAAGGGAUGAUUUAAACAGCAAACAGAAAAAAAACAGCUUAGGGGAGAAGAUUUUGAAAACUGGGAAUGAAGGAAAUUUGGUCAAACAGCAGCAGGUGCAAACGGCAGUCACUCCUGCCCAGCGGAAGACUUUACCACACAAAGAACAAGGAAAGAGCAACCUGCAGGUGACAUCCUUAGAAGAUGCAGAAUGUCGCAGAACCAAGGAGCGUCUUUCUAAUGGGAACAGCCGUGUUUCAGCUUCCAAAUCUUCCCGCAACAUCCCAAGGAGACACACUCUAGGUGGGCCUCGAAGUUCCAAAGAAAUCCUGGGAAUGCAAACGUCGGAGAUGGACCGGAAGAGAGAAGCUUUCCUGGAACAUCUGAAGCAGAAAUACCCGCAUCAUGCCACCGCCAUCAUGGGCCACCAGGAGAGGCUGAGAGACCAGACAAGAAGCCCCAAACUCUCUCACAGUCCUCAGCCUCCCAACUUGGGCGACCCAGUGGAGCAUCUGUCAGAGGCGUCCGCUGAUUCUUUGGAAGCCAUGUCUGAGGGAGAAACUCCCAGUCCUUUCUCCAGAGGCAGCCGGACUCGGGCGAGCCUUCCGGUGGUGAGGUCCACCAACCAGACGAAAGAAAGAUCUCUGGGAGUUCUUUAUCUCCAGUACGGAGAUGAAACCAAGCAGCUCAGGAUGCCGAACGAAAUUACAAGUGCAGACACAAUCCGUGCUCUCUUCGUAAGUGCCUUUCCACAGCAGCUCACCAUGAAAAUGCUGGAGUCGCCCAGUGUCGCCAUUUACAUCAAAGAUGAAAGCAGAAAUGUCUAUUAUGAACUAAAUGAUGUCAGGAACAUUCAGGACAGAUCCCUUCUCAAAGUGUACAACAAGGAUCCUGCCCACGCAUUCAACCACACGCCGAAAACUGUGAACGGAGAUAUGAGGAUGCAGAGAGAAGUUGUUUAUGCAAGAGGAGAUGGCCCUGGUGCCUCUCGACCUGGACCCACAGCUCUCCCACCCUACGCCAUUCCAAACUCUCCGCCAUCCACUCCUGUGCCCCAUUCCAUGCCUCCCUCUCCAUCCAGAAUUCCGUACGGAGGCUCCCGCCCAAUGGUGGUUCCUGGUAAUGCCACCAUCCCCAGGGACAGACUCUCCAGCCUGCCAGUCUCCAGAUCCAUCUCCCCCAGCCCCAGCGCCAUCCUGGAAAGAAGAGAUGUGAAGCCAGAUGAAGACAUGAGCAGCAAGAACCUCGCCAUGUACCGGAACGAGGGUUUCUAUGCCGACCCUUACCUUUAUCACGAGGGGCGGAUGAGCAUAGCGUCUUCGCAUGGCGGGCACCCACUGGAUGUCCCCGAUCACAUCAUCGCGUAUCACCGCACCGCAAUUCGGUCAGCCAGUGCUUACUGCAACCCAUCUCUGCAAGCGGAAAUGCACAUGGAGCAGUCACUGUACAGACAGAAGCCAAGGAAAUACCCAGAGAGCCACUUGCCCACUCUGGGCUCCAAGACGCCCCCAGCCUCCCCUCACCGAGUCGGCGACCUGAGGAUGGUGGAGAUGCACGGUCAUCAUAACGCCCACGGGCCCCCCCACACGUUGCAGCCAGACCGGGCCUCACCUAGCCGCCAGGGCUUCAAGAAGGAGCCCGGCACUUUGGUGUACAUUGAGAAGCCACGGAGCACUCCAGGAUUAUCCGGGAUUGUGGACCUGGGCCCUCCUCUAGUUGAGAAGCAGGUGUUCGCUUACAGCACGGCUACCAUACCCAAAGACCGAGAGACCAGAGAGAGAAUGCAAGCCAUGGAGAAACAGAUUGCCAGUUUAACUGGCCUUGUUCAAUCUGCGCUUUUUAAAGGGCCCCUUACAAGUAAUAGCAAAGAUGCCUCUAGCGAGAAAAUGAUGAAAACCACAGCCAGUAAGAACCAAACAGAUGGUGCAGGAACUCCCCAUGUUUCCGGUGGGAAGACUCUUGGCGCCGCCGUGGAGUCCUCAGGGCCGCCCGGCCAGCUGGCGCCUGCCAGCGCCUCUGCAGUCCACGCGAGCCUGCUCGACAUGAGGCGGAGCGUGGCCGAGCUCAGGCUGCAGCUGCGGCAGAUGCGACAGCUCCAGCUGCAGAACCAGGAGCUGCUGAAGGCAAUGAUGAGGAAGGCUGAACAGGAAAUCAGCAGCAAGGUGAUCGAGACAAUGAAGAGACUGGAGGACCCCGUGCAGCGCCAGCGGGUCCUGGUGGAGCAGGAGAGGCAGAAGUACCUGCACGAAGAGGAGAAGAUUGUCCGGAAGCUGUGUGACCUGGAAGACUUCGUUGACGAUCUGAAGAAGGACUCCACCUCGGCCAGCCGUGUGGUGACUCUGAAAGACGUGGAGGAUGGGGCUUUCCUGCUGCGCCAGGUGGGAGAGGCCGUCGCUUCCCUGAAAGGAGAAUUUCCAACCUUACAAAAUAAGAUGCGAGCCAUCCUGCGCAUAGAAGUGGAGGCGGUGCGCUUCCUGAAGGAGGAGCCGCACAGGCUGGACAGUCUCCUGCAGAGAGUACGCGGCCUGACCGACACCCUGACCAUGCUGCGGAGGCACGUCACUGACGGGCUCUUGAAAGGCUCGGAUGCAGCCCAGGCCGCGCAGUACGUGGCUAUGGAGAAGGCCACGGCCGCCGAGGUCCUGAAGGCCCAGGAGGAGGCCCCCCACACGUCGGGCCAGCCCCUCCCCGGCGCGGGCGUCCCCGGCGACGUGAAGGCGGAGGUGGUGCCCCUGACCGUCCACCACGCGCAGAGCUCUCCCGUGGUCAUCCAGCCGUCGCAGCUCUCCUCCGCGCUGCUGAACCCCGCCCAGCACGCGCCCGGGGGCCCGGGCCCUCACCCCGCCAGCGCCGCUGCCGCCACGCAGGAGGUCCCCUCCGCUCUGCCGUCCCCGCAGAUGCCCGGGGACGGCUCCUCCGUGCAGAGCCUGUUCAUCGAGGAAAUCCACAGUGUUAGCGCCAGGAGCAGGGCGGUGUCUAUCGAGAAAGCAGAAAGGAAAUGGGAAGAGAAAAGGCAAAAUCUGGACCACUAUAAUGGGAAGGAGUUUGAGAAACUCCUAGAAGAAGCCCAGGCCAAUAUUAUGAAGUCAAUUCCAAACCUGGAGAUGCCACCAGCCUCAGGCCCCCAGCCAAAGGGUGAUGCUCCAGUGGACAAAGUAGAACUUUCAGAAGACUCUCCAAAUUCAGAACUGGACUUGGACAAGCCGGGGGGUAGGUCCCCACCUCCUCCUCCUCCACCUCCACGGCGGAGCUACCUGCCAGGAUCUGGGCUCACUACCACAAGGUCGGGCGACGUGGUCUACACUGGCAGGAAGGAGAGUGCCACUGCUAAGGCAAGCAGUGAAGAUGCUGGACCAAGUCCACAGGCUAGAGCCGCAAAGUGUCCGGCCGAGGAGCCGGUGACAGCCUGGGCCCCAUCACCACCCCCUGUCACUGCUUCUGCAAAGGAGGAGGAGGAGGAAGAAGAGGGAGACAAAAUCAUGGCGGAACUUCAGGCAUUCCAGAAGUGUUCCUUUAUGGAUGUAAAUUCAAACAGUCACGCUGAGCAGUCCCGGGCUGACAGCCACGUUAAAGACACUAGGCCGGGGGCCACCGCCCCACCCAAGGAGAAGAAGAAUUUGGAAUUUUUCCACGAAGACGUACGGAAAUCUGAUGUUGAAUGUGAAAAUGGCCCCCCAAUGGAAUCCCAGAAGGUUACCCCAGGGGUUCUCACACCGAGUGACCAUCCUAAGUGGGAAAGAGGAAUGGAAAACAGUAUUUCUGAUGCAGCAAGAACAGCAGAAUACAAAACUGACAUCUCAAUGAAGGAAAGUUCCCUCUCCACUAAGAGUUUACUUACAGACAGUAAAAACCAUUCCCAGAAAAAUGUGUCUAAGGUCAAUUCUAGUUUCUCUGGCGUUAGUUCAUUUGAAUGUGAAAUCAACAAAAGACCUAAAAUCUCCGGGCUGCAGUACCCUGCAUCUGACGCUGAGAAUCAGAAGAUGAAUUAUGGGAAGACAAAGGGGGUGAGUCAGCAAGGACAAGAAGAUUCAGAGAAGGGUCACCUUCCCAUUCCCACUAGAUCAACCCAAUUGACGACCCGUGAUGUCAAAACUCAAGACCAAGAGGUUCCCAUGACAGAAUUCGGCCAAGUUGUCCUAAGACCAAAGGGAGCUAAGCAUGCUAACACGACCCCUAGUGAGGAAGGGGAGUCCACACCAAGUUCUCCCAGCGAGGAGAAGGCAACCGACAACAUUGCCUUCAUGAUCACCAAAACCGCGGUCCAAGUUCUCUCCAGCGGGGAGGUCCACGAUAUAGUGAGCCGACAGGGGGAAGAUGUACAGACGGUCAACAUUGACGCAAAAAAAGAGACGAUAUCCCAGCAGGAAGGCACUGAAAGUGAAGAACCUGUGGUGUGCCUGGACAAGAAACCCGUGAUCAUCAUCUUUGAUGAACCCAUGGACAUCCGGGCUGCAUACAAGAGACUUUCAACCAUAUUUGAGGAGUGUGACGAGGAACUGGAGAGAAUGAUGAGGGAAGAGAAGAUUGAGGAAGAAGAGGAGGAGACUGGAGACCCUGCAGUCCAGAAUGACACUCCCCAAAAGUUUCCUAAGGAGGGGGCUUUGGGCAGCCCUCGAGCAGGGCAGGAAGCUAGGAGUAAAUUGCAGCCACACUUCCUUUCAGUGGAGACAGGAGUGUCAGGAGGACAGGAAGUGAAUAAAACCGGGCAGAUCAAGUUCAACCCAACCGAUUCUCCAAGCUCAGAAAGCCAGGGUGACGUGACCGAUGACCAGUUUGAAAGCCCCAAGAAAAAGUUCAAGUUCAAAUUCCCAAAGAAGCAGCUUGCGGCUCUCACGCAAGCCAUUCGCACAGGCACCAAGACUGGGAAGAAGACGUUACAGGUGGUGGUCUACGAAGAGGAGGAGGAGGACGGCACGCUGAAGCAGCACAAGGAAGCCAAGCGAUUCGAGAUCAGUAGGUCUCCAUCCGAAGAUGCCCCUAAAAGCCUGCUCAGGAGACUAGAGCAUCCCAGCCCGGAGAGCACUGUUCUGGUUUCGAGAACUGAUGAAAUCAGAAAAAAUACCUACAGAACGUUGGACAGCCUGGAGCAGACCAUCAAACAGCUGGAAAAUACCAUCAGUGAGAUGAGUCCCAAAGCCCUAGUUGAGACCUCGUGUUCUUCCCACAGAGAUUCUGUUGCAAGUUCAUCCCACAUGGCCCAGGAGGCCAGUCCCCCAUCCUUGCUAGUCCUGGAUGAAGCAUCCACUGCCUUAGAGCCCCCCUCAUCUAUACCUUCAGCUUCACGUAAGGGCUCCAGCGGGACCCCUCAGACGAGCAGGAUGCCAGUCCCCAUGAGUUCCAAGAACAGACCCGGAAGCCUGGACAAACCUGGCAAGCAGUCCAAACUGCAGGAUCCCCGCCAAUACCGCCAGGCUAAUGGAAGUGCUAAGAAAGCUGGUGGGGACUGUAAGCCUACUUUCCCCUCCUUACCUGCUUCUAAGAUUCCAGCCCUUUCUCCCAGCUCUGGGAAAAGCGGUUCUCUGCCUUCUUCUAGUGGUGACGGCCCUAACUUCCCUAAUCCGCCUGCUACUAAACCAUCGGUUCCUUCUAACCCUCUCAGCCCCCAAACAGGACGACCUGCUCCCUCCGCCUCCCUGAUCCCCUCUGUCUCUAAUGGCUCCUUAAAGUUUCAGAGCCCCACUCAUACAGGUAAAGGUCACCAUCUGUCAUUCUCACUGCAGACUCAAAAUGGCCGAGCAGCCCCUCCUUCCUUCUCCUCCUCCCCGCCCUCCCCUGCCUCCCCCACUUCACUGAAUCAAGGUGCAAAGAGCAUCAGGAGCAGCCACACUCCUAGCCUCACCAGCUACAAGGCACAGAACGGAAGUUCAAGCAAAGCCACCCCAUCCACAGCAAAGGAAACCUCUUAA